AUGGUUUCUAACAGCCAAGACGAGAAGCCAUUAAGCGAUACAUUGUCAAGUCUAUGGAAUAAUUUCAUAAAUACAAGCCCCAAUUCAUCACAAUCAGCUAGAGAUGAUGAGUCUCUUUUUAAGAGCGAUUCUGAUACACAGGCCAAUGCGGAGAAUACGGAUAUCGGAAUAGAUAUGGUGAAGCCAGAAGUACAAGACGAUGGUUCAAUUGGAAUAGUUCCGGCAACUAGGAAUCUCGGUACAGCCUCUGCAGUUGUGUCACCAGUAAUUGCCAAGACUGGAUCAACUGAAGGAACUUUAUUGACUAGAAAAGGUGAUCCUAUCGAAUCACUUCGUUCAUUGCCCAUCACCAAUAAUGAAAAGUCCAAUAGCUCGGAGCGACCACGCAGUAGUUUGCUAUCAAUGGCAUCUGCUAGUACAUCUAAUUGGUUAAAUCCUAUUAAGCCUGAGAAGGUUUUAGAAAUGCUUUUUGAGUCUUGGGCCGGUAGUGCCACACAAGAUUUGACUACGAACCGAGGGAGAUAUCAAGCAAACUUGGCUCCAUUGUCAUUGCCUAUCACCUUUAGAAAUUACAACGACUUUCAGUCAAGAUGUGGUAUUGUUUACGAGAUGCGGUACGAUAUACAAGCUAUUUUGGAGUGGAAAAACCCCAGCGGAACUUUGUCAUACCUGAUUGUUUAUUCGUUUGCCUGUUUACAUCCUCGUCUAUUUAUUCUUUGUCCAUUUGUAUAUCUUUUACUGGGCAUUAUGGCACCGGCAUAUAUUGCAGUUCACCCAGGACCACGGUCGGGCUCGCUUGCUGAUAUGCAUUCCAUGCCCUUCUCGGGUCCACCACUUCACGAUCCAGUUAUACCGAAACCGGUGUCUCAAUUCUCACCAGAAUUUUUGGCUAAUGUUUUAGAUACCCAGUACGCUAUAGGAGAUGCCGUAAAACUGUUCGAUAAAACAGUCGAUUGGCUUUCUACAUUUGCGUACUUCACCAACGAAGAAUGGUCCAGUGUUAUUUACGUUGCAAUACUAUUCUCGACAGCGAUUAUUUAUUUCAGUAGUCCCUUCUUAUUUACGUAUAUUCAGUGGAGAUAUAUCUUUUUAUCAGGUGGUUGGGUGGCCAUGGGAACCUCCUACUUAAAAAAUGUUGGGAUCCACAGAAAUAUGGAAUUAUUUUUGGCUGAAUUCAAAAAAUCUGCCAUGGAAAAGUUACCAGAUAGCACAGAUCUCAGCCGAUAUUUCGAGAUAAAAAUUCCAAGGCUGGACGUUCCAAGAAAUUUCAGGUUUAAGGAAGAGUCUGAACUCAUUUCGAAAGAGGUGCAGAUAUUUGAAAUUCAGAAAUUUGAUGUAGUAGAAAGUUGCUGGCAACAAUCUGUAUUUUGGGGUUCUCCAUACGCUCAUAUGAAGGAGCCAUGUGAGUCGCUUCCAGAUGGUCAAUUACCAAAUAAGAUUGAAAGCGUCUUACCUCCUAUGGACUGGAAUUUCGAAACUGAUGCCUGGGAGCGGGACUAUGACCCCCAGGAGUGGGUAGACAAUCACUACUUAUUGCAAUCUAGGAUUUUUAUCGAUCACGAUGAAAAAUGGGUCUAUGAUGCUGAGGAUGGCCAAAAAACAAAUACUUAUCGACGCCGACGGUGGAGUCGUGUUGUUACCAGGACAAGCGAUAUAACUCCCAAACCAAGCACGAGUCUCAGUAAAACGGAAUAA